CGGAGCUCCUGUGCGCCGGCCGGACACCCCCAGCUGUCAUUUGGAUGCUGAUAUGUAAAGCAAAAUGGCUAAAAUCAACACCCAGCACUCCUACCCUGCUAUGCACAGGCUGCCUGUUAGGACCACUGAUGAAGAAAUUGAAAGAAUUGAAAAUGGCUUUAGCAGGACCCAUUCCCUGUGUGAGGACACUUCUUCAGAAUUGCAGAGAGUCAUUUCCAUGGAGACAAGAGGCCUGUCUGAAUCCCGCAGGAGCUCGUUCACAGGCACUGGAGCAAUGGCUAGGUUAUCCCGUUUCAUCUUAUCAAUGAGAUCAUGGGCGACACGACAUUUGCAUCAUGAAGACCAAAGGCCAGAUUCUUUCCUUGAGCGUAUCCGAGGGCCAGAGCUCAAAGAGGUAUCCAGUAGGGAAAGUAACACUCACUCCAAUUUGAGCAACGAUGAGCAGCCAGGCAAAGUGAAAAAGAAGAAAAAGGAGAUCUUUGUGAUUGAUCCUUCAAGCAACCUGUACUAUAGGUGGCUGACCAUAAUCGCGACCCCAGUAUUCUAUAACUGGUGUAUGCUAGUGUGCAGAGCCUGUUUUGAUGAGCUACAAACUAAACAUAUUAUAUUAUGGGUGGUCUUGGACUAUAGCUCAGAUAUUAUCUACAUACUGGACACAUUCGUCAGAUUCAGGACAGGCUUCCUUGAACAAGGCUUACUAGUCCAAGAUGAAAAGAAACUAAGACAACAUUACACCACUACUGUACAAUUCAGGUUGGAUAUCCUCUCUCUUUUACCAACAGACCUGGCAUAUUUAAAGCUUGGGUUGAACUACCCUGAACUACGGUUUAACCGCUUGCUGAGGUUUGCCAGGCUAUUUGAGUUUUUUGACCGCACAGAAACCAGGACAAACUAUCCAAAUAUGUUUCGGAUUGGAAAUCUUGUCUUGUACAUUCUUAUCAUCAUCCACUGGAAUGCAUGUAUAUAUUUUGCAAUUUCAAAGCUUAUUGGGUUUGGAACUGACUCCUGGGUCUAUCCCAAUGUGUCCCAUCCAGAAUAUGGACGUCUGUCCAGAAAGUAUAUUUACUGUUUGUAUUGGUCAACACUGACACUGACGACAAUUGGAGAAACUCCGCCUCCGGUGAAAGAUGAAGAGUAUCUCUUUGUGGUCAUUGACUUCUUGGUGGGUGUGCUGAUCUUUGCUACCAUUGUCGGUAACGUAGGCUCUAUGAUUUCCAACAUGAAUGCCUCCAGGGCAGAUUUCCAGGCCAAAAUUGAUUCCAUAAAACAGUAUAUGCAUUUCCGAAAGGUGACAAAGGAUUUGGAGGCCAGGGUCAUUAAGUGGUUUGAUUACCUCUGGACCAACAAGAAAACAGUAGAUGAGCAGGAAGUUCUUAAAAACCUGCCUGACAAACUUAAGGCUGAAAUUGCUAUCAACGUCCAUCUGGACACGCUAAAGAAAGUGCGUAUUUUCCAGGAUUGUGAAGCUGGGCUUCUUAUUGAGCUGGUGCUGAAGCUGAGACCUACAGUCUUUAGUCCUGGAGAUUACAUCUGCAAAAAGGGGGAUAUUGGGAGAGAAAUGUACAUCAUUAAGGAGGGCAAGUUGGCUGUGGUGGCAGAUGAUGGCAUAACACAGUUUGUUGUCCUAAGCGAUGGCAGCUACUUUGGAGAAAUCAGCAUCUUAAACAUCAAAGGUAGCAAAUCUGGUAACAGACGGACAGCCAACAUCAGGAGCAUUGGUUAUUCCGAUCUAUUCUGUUUAUCCAAAGAUGAUUUGAUGGAAGCCCUCACUGAAUAUCCUGAUGCCAAAAAGGCAUUGGAAGAGAAAGGGCGGCAAAUUCUGAUGAAAGACAAUUUAAUAGAUGAAGAGGCGGCAAAAGCAGGAGCUGACCCUAAAGACUUGGAAGAAAAAGUGGAAAGACUUGAAAGCACUCUGGACAAUCUACAGACUAGGUUUGCUAGGCUCAUGGCGGAAUACAACUCAACCCAACUCAAAGUAAAGCAGAGACUCACCAAAGUGGAAAACAAAAUGAAGAAAUAUGGAAGUGGCUUCUUAUCUGAUGGAGGGGAAGAGUCUGUAAAAACUGAGGAAGUGGAGAAAAAGAAUUAAUAGUUCAUUUAUAUUUCCUCAUUCAAUCUAGAAUAUUUCAGCAUGUAAAGUCAUAAAUAUAUAUAUAUAUAUAAACAUAUUAUAUAUGUGAAAACACUCACACACACACGAUUAUUUUUAUAUGGACUCCAAGAGAAUGAUUUUUAGAGUUUUUAACUAAAGCAAUAUUUUCUUGUAAAUAGGGAAUUGUUAUUUUUAUCUUGUUUUUAGGAGGAGACUUUGGAUUGUCAUUUGGGUCUUUUUUGUACUGAUGACAUGUUUCUUAUGAGUCAUGCUCAGAUUAUCUUUAAUGUGGUAUGUAUAGAUCUUGACACAUUUAAUUGUUGUUUAUCUCUUUCCAUGCUCCAUGAAGGAAUCAUGUGUAAUGUAAUGGACUCUUCCAGAAAGAGGAGACAGAUCUGUAUUAGUAAUUAACUAUGCUAUGUCCACACCCUGUACCUUGGUAGCCUAGUAGUCUACUAAAUACAUGUCGUGAAUCCAGA